AUGACUGGACAGUGCUGUGAAGAGCUGAGGAAAGCCCUGAAGCCCAGGAUGGCACUGAAAACCAAGAAAGGAUUGAAAGGUUCCAUUGAUGAUGUCCUUGGUGACCUCCUGGGAGAUGAUACGACACUGCCCGAGAAGCCUGUUGAGCCAGCUUCACAUGCCAAGGACACAGCAAGCACACCUAAGUGGCUCCCUUCAAAGGCUAAAGCAAAGUCCCUCCCAGAAGACAGUGUAGAAGGUCUGGCCGGAGCUGAUGCUGAGGUCUCCAGCAUCUCGGAUGCAGACCCGCAGGUCUUCUUGCAGAACAUGAAGGACUUAGACAGCAUGGAUGAUGAUCUCUUUGGUCGGAUGAAGACUCACCCACCCUCUGGCAAAGGAACCGCAAAGGGUUCUGGGAAAGAAGUGCCUAGCAAUCCCAAACCUGCUGGCCCAGUAACAGCUAAUGAGAAAGGGGACACCACUAAGAAGCCACCACCAUCUUCCAGCAACUUGGGGCUUCAGUACAAGAAGUUUUCCUUUAAAGACUUUGAAGACCCAUUGGCUGGACUUCUCUCUGAUGAGGAGGAAGAACCUGCCAAGAAGCCACCCAUGAUGGAGAGUAAACCUGCUUCCAAGAGCUCCAGCACAGCUGCAGGCCAAGGACCUUCUGUCCCUCUAACUCCUGGGGAUACUCCCAUCCGGAGGAAAGAGUUGCUGUUUGAUGAAGGGGAUGACAUCAUAAGCACCCUGGGUUUUGAAGACAGCCCCAAGAAAGAGAGGAAGAAGACAGGAGACCAGGAAGGGCCCCUCCCUGCUCGCUCCAAGCUGGAUGAACUGCUGGGUCGAGGCACAGCUGCCAAGCAGCUCCUCACACGGCCAGGCUCUGGGGAACACAGGGAGUUCAAGCCCGACAAGAAGUAUCAGAAGCCGGAGGACAAAGAAGACAGCUGGGAUGGUGAGAUCCUCGCCUUUGGGGCUUACCAGCCCACCAUGGCCUCCUCUGAGGGCCGCCAGUCCCGCAGGCAGUCAGUCAGAUUCUUGAGAGAAGGUGCCUCCGACCCUAAGGGAGAACCCAGCUUCAAACAGAGCCCUUCACUGGCUUCUAGCCCCAUCCAGCCCAGGAAAGGAGGAGCUGACUGGUUAGGCCUGAAAGAUGAUGACCUGGACCUGCUGCCUCCCUCUCCUGUUCAAAAGGCCCAACAAGAAGACUCGGCUGUGACACCCUCUCUUCUCGCUCCUUCAAACCAGCACUCAGCUGCAGAGUCACACUCUGCCCCAACUGGACUUCCCUCAGCAGCAAAGCCACCAGCCAAGGGUACGAGGCCCCCAGCCAAAGCCAGCCAGGCCUCCUCACUGAAAGCAUCUGAGGAGAAAGAGGAUGACUGGUUAAGCCAUGUCAUAUCUCAGAAGAAAUCCCAAAGUCUAGCCAGAGAGGAGCAUGCUGGACCGACUAAGGGCCUGACCUCAUUGGGAUCCUUGGGUCAGACCCCUUCUAGCAGCCAGCCUGUUGCUGGUACUCAGGUCCCUGAGCAAGCCACUGCUGGAGAAGCCUCAAGAGCAACUACACAAGGACCUGCAGCAGUCCAUCCUGGUGUCACAGGGUCCUCCAUAAAUUGGAACCAAGCCACUGCCAUCCUCCCUGCAGAUGACCCUAAGAGAGGAACAGCCUCUGCCUCUGGGGACUUCUCUAGCAGAGAGCCUGCAAUUUAUGUUCCACAUUCCCAGGAACCCAUGGGGCUCUCUGCGCCUGCUCAGUCCCUGCUCCCAGAGUCCAUGAUGCAGAGUCUGCUGCCGGGCUCCGGAUACCAGAAGCAGCUCCUGGCCGCCCAAGGGCAGCUUCAGAGCAGCACUGCCCAACUUCAGGCUGAGCUGCUGCAGAGCCAGACCAAGCUGUCAGAGCUGGAGGGCCAGGUGCGGAAGCUAGAGCUGGAGCGGACCCAGCACAGGAUGCUGUUGGAGAGUUUGCAGCAGCGGCACCAGGCAGACCUGGAGCUCAUUGAGGAUGCACACAGAAGCCGUGUCAAGGUGCUGGAGACAUCCUACCAGCAGCGGGAGGAACAGCUCCGCAGGGAGAAGGAAGUGCUGUCAGCUCAGCAUGCGUCCUACUGCCGGGAAGCUGAGCAGGCCAAGGCUGAGCUCAUAGCUCAGCACCAGCGGCAGAUGGCCAUGGCUACCCAGGAGAAGGACCAGGAGGUGGCACGGCUUCGGGAGCUUCAGCAGGCAUCCAUCCUGGAGAUGCGUAAGGACCAUGAGUACCAGCUACAGCGGCUGAAGACGCUGAAGGACCAAGAGAUUGAUGCCGUCACCAGUGCCACCUCCCAUACUCGGUCCCUGAAUGGCAUCAUCGAGCAAAUGGAAAAGUUUUCCAGCAGCUUGAACGUGCUGUCCUCCCGAGUGGAGGCCUCACACCUUACCACCUCACAGGAACGAGAGUUGGGCAUCCGGCAGCAAGAUGAGCAGCUGCGAGUUCUGCAGGAGCGCUUGGGCCGGCAGCAGCGAGACAUGGAGGAAGAGCGUAGCCGGCUCCAGGAGGUCAUUGGGAAGAUGGAGGUGCGCCUGUGUGAACAGAGCCGGCUCCUGGAACAGGAACGCUGGCGGGUGGCUGCUGAGAAGUCCAAGGCAGAAUCAGCACAGCGCACUCUGGAGGAGCAGAGGAGAGUCAUGGUCCAGCAGAUCUCCAUGGAAAGGGAGGAGCUGGAGAGAGCCAAGAGCACCUUGCUAGAGGAGCAGAAGUCAGUCAUGAGUAAGUGUGGGGAAGAGCGGCGGCGGCUGGCAGCAGAGUGGGCUGAGUAUUUCACACAGCAGAAGCUGAGUAAGGAACGGGCUGAGCGCGAGGCCGAGAGGGCGCUGCAGGCGGACUCCCAGCGGGAGGGCACCAUCAUCAGCCUGACCAAGGAGCAGGCAGAGCUGACAGUGAGGGCCUGUGAGCUCCGUGCGAAGGAGGAGAAGCUGGCUGCUGAGAGGGAGGCUUUGGAGAGAGAGCGUCAAGAGCUCCGGCUGGAGAAGGACAGGUUACACAAAGCCAGCCUGCGCCUCCAGGCCCGUGCACAGGAGGUGGAACACAUGAGCAAGGUGGCCUCCAAGAAGUAUGAGGAGGGUGAGCAGGCACUGCAGGAGGCCCAGCAAAUGCAGGCUGAGCAGCAGGGCCGGCUGCAGGCAGUCCAGCGGCAGCAGGAGUGGCUGCGGGAGCAGGAGCAGCGUGUGCACCAGGCAAGGUUUCAGUCCCCGCUCUCCUGUCCCUCGGGCCCACCCGCCUUCCUCCCCACUGAGUCCAUCUCUUCGGGGUUGGCACAGGAGCAUCUAAGCCUGGCUCAGCAGAGGCUACAUCUGGACCGUGUGCGACAGGAAGUGCCUUCUAGCCUUCCAGGGCUGCCCUCCAGAGUUCAGGGCCCAGCAGCUUCCAGCCUAGAUGCUGUCCAGGCCCCUGCUUCUACCACUCCUCCAUGUAGCCAGACCCCUGCUGCCCAGGUGUCCACACACCUUCUCGCCAAGCUGCUGCUGCUGAAGCAUACAGCAGAGCAGGACCACGACUUCUUGGAGAAUGAACAGUUCUUCCUGGAAACUCUGAAGAAAGCGCCCUACAAUAUGGCAUACCAUUCUGCCUGAACGUGCCCACUGCCUCCUCAGCAGCAUCUGGCCCAUGGAGCUCUCUCCCACUCAC